UGGUUCUGAGGACAUGGGAACAACAAUCAAUGGAGAUGUGUUUCAGGAGGCCAACGGGCCUGCAGACGGCUACGCUGCCAUCGCCCAGGCCGACCGGCUGACGCAGGAGCCCGAGAGCAUCCGCAAGUGGAGAGAGGAGCAGAAGAUACGGCUGCAGGAGCUGGAUGCUGCCUCCAAGGUGACGGAACAAGAGUGGCGGGAGAAGGCGAAAAAGGACCUGGAAGAGUGGAACCAGCGCCAGAGCGAGCAAGUGGAGAAGAACAAGAUCAACAACCGGAUCGCUGACAAAGCCUUCUACCAGCAGCCAGAUGCUGACAUCAUCGGUUACGUGGCGUCUGAGGAGGCUUUUGUGAAGGAAUCCAAGGAAGAGACUCCAGGCACGGAGUGGGAGAAGGUGGCCCAGCUGUGUGAUUUCAACCCCAAGAGCAGCAAGCAGUGCAAAGACGUGUCCCGCCUGCGCUCGGUGCUCAUGUCCCUGAAGCAGACGCCGCUGUCCCGCUAGGUGCCUGCCUGCAGCAUGGCCAGCACGCUGGGACAGGGCUGGGGUAGCAGAGGGGCUGCUGGUUCCGCAGGGGGCUGGGGGCCACUCCCUCAGCCACUGCUAUACACAGCCUAUUCCUUUCGUCCCCACACCCUGGGGGGUGAAGGGGACCCCUCACCCCAUCGCCCUCAUCCCCUCCUGGCAUGACGGCCCAGCCCCUCAUGCCUCCUCCUCAGUCCACUCAGUUGUGACUGUCUCUCCUGAUGUAUUUUUUUCUUGGCUUAAAGAGGUGUGUUGUUAACUCUU